AUGAAGUUUGGGAAAGAAUUUGAAGCACAGAUGGUGCCGGAAUGGAAGGAAGCAUACAUGGAUUAUAAUUAUUUGAAGGCCCUUUUGAAAACUGUCCAACGCUCCAAGCAUAGAGACACGCCACCCGAACCUCCAAGAAGCCUAAAGCGAAAGCUAUCACUAUACAGGAGUUUCAGUGGGCUCAUUCAGAGACAACCCCACCAUUCCAUCAGUCCCUCUGAGCAGGAUGUUGAGAACCAAGCCAUUAUGGUGAACUCAGUGCGCCGAGAUGGAUCUGAGAACUAUCAAACUACUUUUCUGAUGGUUGCAGAAGAAGGUGGAGAAUAUGAAUUGGUAUUUUUCAGGAGGCUCGAUGAUGAGUUUAACAAAGUGGACAAGUUUUAUAGGUCUAAAGUGGAAGAAGUGAUGAAGGAAGCUGCUAUUUUAAACAAACAAAUGGAAGCUUUGAUUGCUUUCCGGAUAAAAGUUGAGAAACCUACCGAAUGGAUCAAUAGCUCUGCAGAGAUGACUCAUCUUGCUUCAGAUGUUGCUGCUGCAGCGGCAGCAUUGUCAGCUUCGACACCUAAAGGGGCCAAAUUGCACCGAACAUUUUCCACGGCCUUGGAGGCGAUCAAAGAGGACAGCAGCCAUCACGGUCUAUCAGAUGAUUCCAGGGAGAAUAAGGAUGACACAAUUCAAUUAAAUAACCAGAAGUUUCAAAAAGAGGAGUCAGAGAAUAUCACGAGUACCAAACCAGCUCCUUUGGAAGUCCUUGACCAUGUUCAGUUGAAUGGCACUCUUGAAACUCCUCGUUCAACUAUAAAGAGCAUCCUCAAUUACUCUACACCACCGGAGCAAGAAUUCAGCAGGAAAAAUUUGAAAAAGGUUGAGGAACAACUUAAACAAGCUUUUAUUGAAUUCCACAGAAAGCUUCGACUUCUAAAGAACUACAGCUUUCUAAACACAUUGGCAUUUUCAAAGAUAAUGAAGAAAUAUGAUAAGAUCACAUCAAGAAGGGCAGCAAAAGCUUACAUGAGCAUGGUUGACAAUUCCUACCUCGGCAGCUCUGAUGAGGUCACUAGGCUUAUAGAAAGGGUGGAGAAAACAUUCAUUAAGCACUUCUCGAACUCAAAUCGUAACAAUGGAUUGAACCUUCUCCAACCCAAACCGAAAAGAGCAAGGCAUGGAAUAACAUUUUCUGUGGGUUUUUAUGCCGGAUGCACAGCAGCCCUAGUUAUAGCACUUUGUCUGAUCAUUGAUGCCCGCAAGAUUAUGAAUCACCCGGGAAGUACCCAAUACAUGGAAACCAUGUUUCCUCUUUAUAGUUUGUUUGGAUUCAUAGUUCUACACAUGCUUAUGUAUGCUGCUAAUAUAUACUUCUGGAGGCGCUACAGAGUGAAUCACUCAUUCAUAUUCGGUCUUAAGGAAGGCUCUGAGUUGAAGUACUUUGAUGUCCUGCUCCUGGCUUUUGUCCUCGCAAUAAUGGCACUAGCCAGUGUGCUUGCAAACCUUGACAUGGAGAUGGAUCCAAAGACAAAACCAUACAAAGUCUUCACUGAACUUGUUCCUCUAAUCUUGUUACUUAUUGUAUUUGCCAUUUUAUCAUGCCCAUUCAACAUCUUUUAUCGUCCAAGCCGGCUUUUCUUCCUUACAUGCCUGUUUCACUGCAUUUGCGCUCCUCUCUACAAGGUCACGUUCUCAGAUUUCUUCUUGGCAGAUCAACUUACAAGCCAGGUGCAAGCCUUCAGAAGUUUAGAGUUCUACAUUUGCUACUACGUUUGGGGAGAUUUCAAGUACAGACGGAACACUUGCAACUCAAACGCCAUUUUCAAAACAUUUUCCUUCAUUGUUGCCGCGAUUCCGUACAUGUGUCGUUUUCUUCAGUGCCUUAGGCGACUCUUCGAAGAGAAAGAUUCAAUGCAAGGAUAUAAUGCGGUAAAAUACUUCCUCACACUAGCAGCUGUUUGCAUCCGAACAGCUUACAGCCUUAAUAAAGGAAUCAGUUGGAAGGUGCUUGCCUGGAUAUUCUCAAUAUUCGCAGCAAUCUAUUCUACGUAUUGGGACCUCGCCAUCGACUGGGGCCUCCUGCAAAGGAAUUCCAAGAAUCGCUGGUUAAGAGACAAACUCAUACUAACUCAGAAAAACGUAUAUUUCGCAGCCAUGGUGGUAAACAUCUUGCUGAGAUUUGCGUGGUUACAGACAGUAUUGGGGAUCAGGCUUGCCUUUCUGCAUAGAGAAGCAAUGAUUAGCAUCAUAGCGAGCCUAGAGAUCAUACGUCGGGGCAUGUGGAACUUCUUCAGAGUGGAGAACGAGCAUUUGAACAAUGUGGGCAAGUACCGAGCUUUCAAGUCCGUGCCCUUACCUUUCAACUACAACGAAGCUGAAAGCGAGGAUGAGUAAUCUGACGAAAUCCGCGACGCAGAAUUAUGGCGGGAGAUCUCGCUGGCGUAUUCAUUUGCAAUUUACAUGUUUAAAAUUUAUUUAUAAUUUAAAAGGGGAAUUUAUUAAUCUGUCCCCACAAUUUUACUAGGUUCUCACUUGAGUCG